CGGAGCUCGCGCUGGCUCCUGUUGCCACAGCAACCGCUGAGGAGAAAUCUGCGCGGCUUCUGAUGCUGUAGCAUUACCGCAAUGAGGGGGAUGUAGCAGUUGUGGUCGGACAGAUGGGACCUCGAGAUCGACUGUGACUCACCGCAGCGAGAGUCACAAAGACAUCUGAACAUGAAAAUGUGCCGCUAAUGGACGCUUUUCUAUUGGAGGGAAGAGGCUGCUGGACGUGUCCGUUGUCGAGCGGCUAUCGAGAACCGAUGACCAGAACUUGAGGAUCUGCACUGCUGAAUUCUGUGUAAUCCUCCUUGAAAAACGGACAGUUUCAGGACGUUCUCUGAGUCUGCAGCUCUUCAUUUCGUGAAUCAAUUAUGGAUAACGACAGAAAAACAGACGCUUUGUCCGGACUCUUGAUAUCAGAAGGGUCGCCAUCGAAUCUGCUGUGAUGGAAUAUAUUUGGACCUCUCUGGUGUCAACCACCUUCAUUUAUUUUCUGUCUCUUCAGUUUUGCCUUUCAUCGAGUCAGUCUGGACAAGGCACCAAAGUACAUUUACGCAUCGAGUGUGAAACAGAGAAACGCACAUUUAGCAUGCACUGACUUUGUAAAAAAAAAAACACACAAAAUAAUUUCACAAAUAUUUACAUCAAAUGUUAACUAUUCAGUUUGGUCUCAAUGUUGCAGAACUAAGUUUGUUAUACUUCUUUUGUAGACGUGUGUUGUCCGAUCAGCAUUAUGUGAUGCAAGCUUUUCUUUUUAAAUGAAUUUGCCCAAGUCUUUUUUGCAAAAAACAAGAGCCAGCGAGAACAUUCCUCAGGUGGUGUUUCCACAGCCUUGCCUGAUUCAAUCGUUCGCACCUGCUCUCUCUGCCGGUCCCCUCGCUCCAUCUCUCAGGAUGAGUCAGAAGUCAGACUCGGAGGCCGAGGGCUCCCAGGCACCCGUGCGUUACACGGUGGAGGAACUGGAAUGCAAGAUCUGCUACAACCGCUACGACACGCGUGCCCGCAAACCUAAAGUGUUGAGCUGCCUGCACCGCGUCUGCACCAAGUGUCUGAAGAAGAUGGUGGAGCUGGACUCCUCUCCGAGCAUCAUCAGCUGCCCCUUCUGUCGCCACGAGACGCACGUCCCCGACGAGGAGAUCUGGCUGCUUCAAGACGACAGCAACAUCCUGGCCAUUCUUACGUAUCAGGACCGGGCACGUAAGGGCGGCACCACGCCCAGCGACGAGGUCCUCCUGACGCCCAACAGCCUCAGCGGAGGAGAGCAAGCGCACAGCUCGUCCGACUGCCUCGUCAUCACCAUCAUGGAAGUCCCCGGGGAGUCUCAGUCCUCGGAUUCUAUGAGCAUGCUGAACAUGGUGCGCUUGUAUCGGCCGGCCAGUCUGGACUCCUUGCCUUGCCACUUGCCCGUGCAGAAGUGCCGGGCGUGGACGUCCCGCUCGAUCCCGCGCUUCCUGAUGGGCGUCCUCUGUUUGGUGUACUUCAGCUCUCUGCCGCUGGGGAUCUACUUGCUGAUGAUCCAGCAGCUCACGAUGGGAGUGAUUCUGGUCAGCCUGGUGCCCUCCACGCUGGUCCUCUGUGUAUUCUACGGCUUUUGCCAGUGUCUGUGCCACGAGAUUAUGGCGGCCAUCGCCACAUGACAGCUUCACCCCGGACAAAUGUGAAUUAGCAAGACGUGUAAAGAACGAAAGCCACAUUUCUGACCCCUGCGAACCACGUCCCUUCUUCUGUUUGACCAGUUUAUACCAGCGUCUGCCAGAGAACUUGUCAAUCGCUUUAGCUCCAUUCCCAGUUUGAGCCGGAGGUAUUGAUUGGGGACUGCAUCAGAUGCCUGUGGUUUUGUAUCGUGUCUUCAACAACUGUGAUAUAAAUAGCACGUAACAGAGAAUGACUUCCCAUUGUUCCGUUAUAAAUCCACAGCGUGCGUUCAGUACUAGUAGAUCAUUUCUUCCCUGUUUUCUGUUGCCAAUAUCCGUGGAAUAAUUUCAACCAUUGUCUCAAUGUAAUCGUUGAAGUUUCUAGUUGCCUUUGUAAGGCGUGUCAAUGGCCAAGCUGUAACCUACGUGUACAAAAGUGAAUUUGUGUUUGUCAUUGCUAUGAAAAUGAACAAACCUGUUAGAUGAUAAAUAAAGAUUGUGUGCCGUCAGGA